AUGGGCGACGCACACGAACACAGAGCCUUUGCGCCGGCUUGCCAGCGGACGGCAAUGUACAUCCGCAAGCGAUCCGCCCUGGGCUUGCUGCUGGCUCAUGGCUCGCUUGUGGCGUGGCUGCUCUGCUCUGCCCCAACCAUUGAGGGAAAUGAGGCCAACUGGUGGCACGUGACGGCCACCUUUAUGGCCGUCUAUGUCGCCAUGAAGGGGUUAGCGGGACCGGCCUUCACCCUCUGCAUCCUGGCGGGCGCCCUGUACCCGUUGCCCCUCGCGCAGUUUCUCACCGGCGCUUUUGGCUCGUCGGCCUGCUACCUGCUCUCGGGCGCUCUUGCGCGCCCCGUCGUCGGCAGGCUCUUCCCGGCCAAGCUCGAGGCGCUGCGGCUGCGGGCUGAGGCGGAGAAGGAGCGGCUCCGUCUCACCGCGUGCCCGCUCAUGGCGGUCCUCCAGUGCGUGCCUCUGCUCUUUAUCUGGCGGCAGAAGCGACGCGCCGCCGCCGCCGCCAGCAGAAAAGAGAUGGUUGCCGAGUAG